AUGGAAAUGGCCGCCUCAAAUCCCCGGUCGGUCGAGGACAUCUUCAAAGACUACAGUGGCCGUAGGAACGGCAUCGUCCGCGCUCUGACCUACGGUGACUCCCCCCACCUUCUCUUCCCGCUCUUACGGCUUCUCGAUCCUCCUCGAGAUCUGUUUUUGUCCGUCUGUUUUCAACCCUUACUAUGUUACGCUAACCUCGUUGACGUUUUCCGCCAGAUGUGGACGCGUUCUAUGCACUCUGCGAUCCUGGUGAGAUCUCACUCUCAGAUCCGUUCGAGUCCAGGUUUUCCCAUACUACUAUGAUAUUUCUUUCUUCUCUCAUUUCUACUUCCCUGUUCUCAGAGAAAGAGAACCUCUGCUUGUACGGCCAUCCAAACGAUUCCUGGGAGGUGGAACUUCCCGCGGAGGAGGUGCCUCCCGAGCUGCCAGAGCCGGCCCUGGGAAUCAACUUCGCGAGAGAUGGCAUGAACCGCAAGGACUGGCUCUCUCUUGUAGCCGUGCACAGUGACUCGUGGCUACUGUCAGUGGCUUUCUACCUUGGGGCUCGCUUCAACCGCAACGAGAGGUAACGUUCUUUGUAGAUCGGUGCUUCUGCUGUCUAGUGAUAGCUACCUCUUGAAUGUUAUUCUUUUGCGGAAGAUAGGUAAUUCGGCACGUCGCCUAAUUUUGAUGGAUCAGAUGUCUCUGAUUUCCAUUUUAUGCCGUUUAAUUCAUGAGUAUCCAUGCUCAUGUCUCGUUUAUUUGUCACUUACCGUUGUUACGUCAUGUCCGUUUGUGAAGCCGUCAACGAAUUGACCUCUAUGUUCGGAAAUCCAGAAGGCCUCCGUUACUAGCAUAGUCCUCAACUUCCAGAGGUCUCAUAUUGCACUUAUCGACGAAGAUCAGUGACUUCGAAGUGGCUUAAAGCAACGUGAUUUGAGCUUUCUCUUCCAGGUGAUUGAGAGGAUGAGCAUAGUAUGAUGGACGAAUAAGUUGGAUUCAGUCUUGCAUCACUUCUGCAAUAUUUACUAUUUACCUCAAUGGUGAAUCUUCUACAUCCAUAACGGGAGAAGAUGUUCAUAAUGUGGCUCCUCCAUCCUAUGCUGUUCUGUUUGGUGACAACAUCCCUCAGUGAUAUGUGACAGACCGCAGAAGGACUGGAGUAAAUCAGAGAAUUCGAGUCAUGCCAGCAGUGGGACUUGAAGUUAUUUGCCCGCCUACAAUAUGCUGAUGAUGGUAUUUUCUUUUGUUGAGGAAGGUUGUGCUGUCCUGUGAUAUUGGAGCUCUUCAGAGAAGUCACUAGAUUGCUAGUGAAACGAGAGAGGAACUUGGUAGUAGAUAUGCUUGUUAAUUAUAGAGAGCUCAGGACGUUGUGUUGUUUCUUGGCUAUGAGGUGUGAUGUUUUCUAGCUUUCUAUUUGGAAUUGCUGAUCACUGGGUAUACUAUUCAUCAGAGAUAUUACAUGAGGCUAUCGGAGAGAUUUGAAGAUAGGUUCUCAUAUUGGAAGAGUUGGUUUCUUUCCCAUGAUUAAAGGUUAGUUUUAUUUAAGCUUGUGUGGUGUCCGACUUGAUGAUCGAUUUGUUGGUUAUUAUUCUUAAACGUGUAGGCUCUGUCAAUGGAAGUCUUUUCUGACAUGGAGAGGAAAUUUUUUGUUGAUGUUGAUAUGAUGUCUAUUGGUGGAGUGUGUGUGCAGAAUAAAAGAGAGUGACAGUCUUGGCGGAAUUAAUAUCAUCGGUUUCAACCUGGCUUCGUGUGGCAGGGUGACUGUGGAAAUUGGUUAGGGAGUAAGGCAGAUAGUGGCUGAGAAUUAUUUGGCAGGAGUCAUGCAAAACAGUAAGAUUCUGAGGACUAUCGUCUUAAAUUUCUACUGAUAUUUCCUAUGAAUGGAGAAAUAUUUUGAAUUCUAUAAGCGUAUGGGUGGAAGGCUUUUGUAUCUGUUGAGCAACGGCCAAAUGACUUACCUUUGAGAAUUUUCCUACAGGGAUAGUUCCAGCUACCCGCCAGAACAACAGAAGAUCAUUGGAUGAUAGUGGUUGAGGCUUUGAUCAUAGUGCUGUGAGAGGGUGAUCGUUUCCAAUCUUGAGGAGAUUGGAUUACUUGAAGCCAAUCUUGAUGCUUUUACCUAGUGUUUGCUACGGAUGUCAGGGUUGGACUUAUGGGCCUGGGGGGAAGGAUGUAGUAUUCCUAUAUAAACCAGCAUACUUCUUCGUUGUUGUUGAAGGAAUCAAGCAUCACAUGGCACCUUCAAUUCGGGGAUCCCCAUCCCCUUGGAAAGUGCUGAUCUGGGAAAGUGUUGAAUAACUCGUCAUUUCGAUAACAUUAACCCCUCCUGCAGCCUAUCUGGGGAAUGAGUGAAGCCCAAAUUACUACUCUAACCAGUAACUUUGUUUUUCACCUGUCACCGAACGGAUAUCUCUCUCAUCAACCGGUUAUCGUCGUUGUUCUGUGUGCAAAACAUGCUUAUCGGCCAUGCUAGGCUAGUGUCUUCUGAUCAAACUAGUAAGGACGUCCUUAAUUUUUGGAAAUGUCACUCUUGUCUUGGAAAAGAAUGAUUUCUGGCCUACACAGAGGUCAAUUGUGCACAUGAAGAUAACCAUGCCCUUUAGUCGUAUGUCCAUCAGGGCCUAGUCACUGCAGAUGGAAGUGGAAACACUUUUGUUCUUUGGAAGAUGAUCAUAGUGGGUCUUGCCAUUUCGGAAUUAGCACUCGUCUAGAAAAUGAAAGUGGAUAUUAAUCGGGCCUGGUUGUCAAUCUAUAGGAAAUGAGAACAGAAUACGUGGAAUAUCCGUUCUUGAAGAGUAGGGUUGUUUUUUUUUUUACAUUUUUGGAAAUAAAUAAAUUGAAUGGAGGACUCUGAACAAACACUAUGUUGACUCGUGACUAUGAGUUCGACAGUCUCCGUUUGACUUCGUUUCCUGCCGGUUUCCAUUUCGAGGAAAUUUUAUAUCUGGCGUUGUCCGCAAAUGUCGGAGAGUAACUAAAAUGGAACAUACCCAUCAUUGCCCACAUCUCCUUUACUGCCACCGCUAGUACUUAUCAUGCAUCAAGUCUCUCUUCCAUCGCUCUGCCCUCCAAAGUUAUUUGACUGGUUUGACCCGCUUUCUGUCAGCAUCAUGCCAUCAGAGUUCCCAGCUCCUUGAAGGUUCUGUCGAAUCCUGUGGAGAAAGUUUCCUGGACAAAUUAUUUCCUACGAAAUUUCCAUCUUUUCAGUCUGAGAGACGACUUUUAGUUUAUUUUUACGAGAACUAUCAUCAUACCGUCAGAAACAUCAGGUGGAAAACAUCUUGAGAAGGCUUUUUGUUGGGCUGUUUUUCGUAACAGGAAGCGCCUCUUUACCAUGAUCAAUGAUCUGCCUACCGUAUUUGAAGUGGUCACAGAUAGGAAACAAGCCAAGGAGAGAUUCAGUGCUGACAACAGCGGGACCAAGUCCAAACUCACAAUGAAGGUACGCAACCCCCCCCCCCCUCCCCCACAUUACUAAAAGGGGAAAGAUAUGCCUCCUAGAAUAGUCCCACAUCGGAAAAUGCGAUCCCAUGGAACCCACACACUCCAAUUGAACAGCUCCGCAUUAUAUAUUUAUACGCAUGUUAGAGAUCCUUGUGCUUUAAUUGGUUUUUGGUUGGAGUUCUUCUACAUCAGUUAUUUAACAUGUUAGAGCUCCUUGUCUUGUGACUGGUUCCUGUGCGUGCGUGCGUGCGAGCGUAUUAUUCCCACGUGAUGAAAGCCCUCCUGCACCUUGCCCUUUUCUCCUUUUCCCCUUGUUGGCUGCCUUCCUAGCGCUCGAGCAAUGGGCAGGUGAAGAAUGGCGACUUGAAGCCCGGGGAAGAACGCCGCGGGGGAGAAGAAGAGGACGAGCACAGCGAGACGCUCUGCGGGAUAUGCGGGUCGAACUACAGCGCGGACGAGUUCUGGAUCGGCUGCGACGUGUGCGAGAAGUGGUACCACGGCAAGUGCGUGAAGAUCACCCCCGCCAAGGCCGACAGCAUAAAGCACUACAAGUGCCCCCACUGCAGCAGCUCUUCCAAGAAGGCCAGGUAG